AUGUCACAAUUGGAAAGACAUAGGUCCAGGUCUCCUGCUCGUGUUCGCGACGAAAGGGAUUACGGUAGAAGUGGAUACGGGCCUCGUCCAAGAGGUGGUGGCGGUAGACACAGUAGAUACGAUAGACGUGGUAGAGGUAGUUAUGCCGGUGGUGCUGGUGGUGCUGGUGGCGCUGGUGGUGCUAGUGGUGCUGGUGGUGCCGGUGGCCGUUACAGUAGAUUCAGAAAAAAUAAAGGCGAUUAUGGACCCGUUUUAGCGAGGGAAUUGGAUAGUACUUAUGAUGAGAAAGUUAACAGAAAUUAUGCUAAUAGCGUAUUUGUUGGUAAUUUAACCUAUGAUUGUGCGCCUGAGGAUUUAAAAGACUACUUUUCUCAAAUAGGUAAUGUGGUGAGGGCUGAUAUCAUAACAUCAAGAGGUCAUCACAGAGGUAUGGGUACCGUUGAAUUUACCAAUACGGAAGACGUCGAUGAAGCUAUUCGUCGUUUUGAUGGUGCUUAUUUCAUGGACCGUCAAAUUUUUGUAAGACAAGAUAAUCCACCACCUGAAAGUAAUAGCCAUGAAAGAGUUCAAGAAAGAAGAAAAGAACGUACAUUUGCUGGUGCUAGCAGUGGUAGCAAUAACGGUACCAAUGCUGGAGGUAACUCUAAUGGCCCCAUCUAUGAAGUAUUUGUUGCUAAUCUACCAUACUCCAUCAAUUGGCAAGCGCUUAAGGAUAUGUUCAAAGAGUGCGGUAACGUGAUACGUGCAGAUGUGGAAUUGGCUCGUAAUGGUUAUUCGAGGGGGUUUGGUACUGUAAUUUACGGUACACCAGAAGAAAUGCAAGACGCUAUUGCACGUUUCCACGGUUAUGAAUUGGAAGGAAGAAUCUUAGAAGUCAGAGAAGGUAGAAAAAGUGCAGUUGAUCCACCUCCACAAGAACCAAUUGAUGAUUCUAGCAAUUUUAAUUCAGAAUUUACGGAAGGUGUUACCGAUGGCGGUGAGAGAAAUAAUCUAAUUUAUUGUGCCAAUUUACCAUUUUCAACGGCUACGAGUGAUCUCUACGAUUUAUUCGAAACAAUUGGUAAACUUAACAACGCAGAAUUAAGAUUCGAUUCGAAGGGUGCACCAACAGGUGUUGCUAUAGUAGAAUACGAAAACGUCGAAGAUGCAGACGUAUGCAUUGAUCGUCUGAACAAUUACAAUUACGGUGGAUGUGAUUUGGAAAUUUCUUAUGGUAAACGUGAGACCUAA